GUGUUAACGCUGGGCACACUGGUUUUCUAUCUCUUUCGCUCCCGGUUAGUUCUCAAGAUGAGUACGAAGAUCAUCAAAGCUAGCGCGGCCGAUGCCGACCCCUUCGAGACGUCGAUCUCGCAGGCCCUGGUCGAGUUGGAGACCAACUCCGACCUGAAGGCGCAGCUUAGGGAGCUUUACAUUACCAAGGCUAAGGAGAUUGAACUGCACAAUAAAAAGUCAAUCAUCAUCUACGUGCCAAUGCCCAAGCUGAAGGCAUUCCAGAAGAUCCAGAUCCGCCUGGUCCGAGAGCUGGAGAAGAAGUUCAGCGGCAAGCAUGUAGUUUUCAUCGGAGACCGCAAGAUUCUGCCCAAGCCUAGCCACAAGACGCGCGUUGCUAUCAAACAGAAGAGGCCAAGAUCAAGGACCCUAACGUCAGUAUACGACGCCAUCCUCGAGGACCUGGUGUUCCCGGCCGAGAUCGUGGGCAAGCGCAUCCGCAUCAAGCUGGACGGCUCGCAGCUCAUCAAGGUGCACCUUGACAAGAAUCAGCAGACUACUAUUGAACACAAGGUGGACACCUUCCAGUCCGUGUACAAGAAGCUGACGGGGCGCGAGGUGACGUUCGAAUUCCCGGAGCCCUACUUGUAAACUAGAUUAUGACUUUACAAUAAAACAAAAUCCAUA